GAGAGGAAAAAAAAAAUAAAGAAUGCUAACAUAGAACUACAAAAAAGCAAAGCCAGAAAUCCUUAUAUUUGUGAAGUUGUUCUUUCUUACUAGACUUGGGGCAUUGUGGUUGGCAUGAUGAUGGAGUUCAGAUCGAAGUCAUGCAGAGAUGAAAAGGUUGAGAGUGAAAGCAACAAUGGAGGCAAGGUGGCCCCAAGAAGCAUGAAGGAUCUGAGGUGUCAGAGUGCGAAUAAUGGCUGUUCUGGUCAUGGAAAGCAGAUAGGUAGCAGUGCUAAAGAGAUGAAGGUGAAGAAAGUGAAAAGGGCAGCUUCUAAACCAUCAAAAAGUUGGAGCUUUAAUGAUCCUGAGUUGCAGAGGAAGAAGAGAGUCGCUGGCUAUAAAAUAUAUGCAGCAGAAGGCAAAAUGAAAGGCUCUCUCAGAAAGAGUUUCAGGUGGAUCAAGCACACUUACACUCAAGUUCUCUAUGGAUGGUGGUGAUUCAUCUUUCUUUCUCUCUUCUUCUUCUUCAUCUUUUCUUUUCAGUAAUCAGAGUUACUUGUUUUUUUCUCAGUAAAUGUUAAAAUGCUAUUGGAACAAGAUUGUCUUUCUGCUUCAGAACUUUAACUCCCUUUUCUAUGAAAUUCCAUUACUACUGCUGCUGAAUUUCCUGGUUAUCAGAUCACAUUUUAAGAUGAGUGUACUGGGCAUGAAGUAGAUUUUUAUUAGUUUGUUUGUAUUUUAAUUUUAAUUUUGAUUAUAAUUAUGCUUCUUAAGAACAAAAUAAAUGAAAGUUCUAUGACAGGAUCACUCUGUUUCUGUUA